CCCCGGCCAUGUCGCAGGAGCUGCGCUCGGCCCUGCGCGACCCCUCCUCGCCGCGGCGCCGCCCCGGGGCGCGGGUGCGGCUGAACCCGCUGGUGCUGCUGCUGGACGCGGCGCUGACCGGGGAGCUGGACGUGGUGCAGCAGGCGGUGGCAGAGCUGAACGACCCGAGCCAGCCCAACGACGAGGGCAUCACGGCGCUGCACAACGCCAUCUGCGGCGCCAACUACGCCAUCGUGGAGUUCCUGAUCGCCAGCGGCGCCAACGUCAACUCCCCGGACAGCCACGGCUG